CAUUCCCCCCUACUUUCCCCUCCACUCCAGAGUCCAGACUCCAGUCCUCAAACCACAGCCACUGGAGCUUCAACAACCUACGAUUUCCACUUCCUCCCCCGCUCGCCGCUCCGAUGGCCGUCGCCGAAGUGGCGAUUGAGGUUCCCCCGCAGCAGCAGCCGGCGGCGGCGGCGGCGGCGACGCGGGAGCCGGCGGUGGUGCCGAGAGUGCUCCAGUACCUGUACCUCGCGAGUGCGUGGGUAGCCUGCGCGGGCGUGGCCGCCGCGACCGUCGCGCGCCGGGCCUUGGGCGACUCUUCCCCGGUGGUCUGGGCGCUCCUCAAGGUCUCGAUCGGAGCCCUCGUCUUCCCCGCGCUGCUCAUCCUCAUCUUCGCCGUGCGGGUCCUGCGCGCCAUGCUUGCGGCGGGGUUCAGACGGUCGCUCCGCACCCACGCCAGGGAGAUUCAGAUCCAAGCCAGGAAGAUGUUUGGAGCGUUAACGUGGAAGGCACUUCAGGACCCUAUCGUGCUUGCGUGGCUCGCAUCUUUCCUUUUCAUCCUCCUGCUUGGAGCAAGUGUUCUUGUGUUUGUGGGGCUUUUACCAAUGGAGGAAUCUCGCAGGGAAAGGAUUGGUUAUGUGCUCUCUGAUGUGGGGGUAUUGGGUGCCAUGUCAAUGUAUUGCUUUAUCAUUAUACCCAGUUUUGCGCUGAAGCUCUGGAGGGGCAUGUAGGGUGGCGAUGCCACACAAGGCACAGCACUGCGAUAUCUGAGGCAAAGAUAGAUGGAGAAGGCACAAAAGAUCAACUAGUAGUUACAGGCUUAUAGUAAAGACCCUGAAUUCUGCUGAUGUCUCUGGCGAAGCCAGCUAAUGUUUCAGAGAAAUAAUUAUCUCUUGCAGACUUACUGUUAUACCUCAAUACCUGGUGAUGUGUGUGUAAUGUGGUCACAGUGGGUAUGGCUACCCUAAGCCCUCUCAGAACAUAAGUACCCUCUUGGACAUCUGUGCCGUCAAAUGAAUAUAUACUAGUUGAUUCAUAGUUGUGACU